AUGACACAGUCAUUCUUCUCACCAAACCUUCAAUAUUUAAUGAUGGAUUUCGAGUUGUUUGGAGGUUCGGCCAAACCUUCACCCAAGGUGACUAAAAUGUCGGUAAACACCCGUAAUCCCACCCAACUUCUUUCCCCAAGGUCUCUUGACGGCGAAUGCACCAUCACACCAGAGUAUAUACCAGACUCUGUUGAACAUUUGUGUGUUGACGGUAUUACCAACCCCGAAAAAACAAUAUUUCCAAGUAGACUAGUCAAAUUUGCAACAUCCUCCAAUUACGAAUCACAAUUCAACUACCCACCAACGUUACGUGAAUUGAUCUAUCAAAGAGGUGAUCAUCCACCACCACCAAUCAUCUAUUUACCAACAUCACUUGAAUCAUUGGAUAUUGAAAUGAACAUAAUCCAAGAUACAUCAAUAUUCACACUUCCCCCAACCAAGAUAAUCAACAAUGAUAAUACUAAAGACAAUCCUCUUCAUUUUGUAUUACCACAUCGUCUCAAGAAUCUAGAAAUCUCAUGUGUCCAAGUAUCUGAUGAAAAUGAUUUCAGUAAUCGAAUCGAUCCAAUCAUCAAUUGUUCAAAUGUUGAACAUCUAAAGAUGAGUAUUUUACAUUUUAUAGAUUUGAAUAUCGACAUUAGACGAUUAGACAAUGGUUGUGUAAUGAUGAAUCUAGGUGAAACCUUUUUCGGUGGAAUCUAUCGACAACAACAUAGAUUGGGAAACAUCAUUGGAAUGAGAAUAAAAGGGCAUUAG